AUGUCACAAAGGAGAAAGGUACCAGAAGGAACGUUAUGCCUGGUUUGUGGAGAUAAAGCUACUGGAUAUCAUUAUGGAGUUGCUAGUUGUAAUGGAUGUAAAACUUUUUUUCGAAGGACAAUUGUAACGUCACAGAAAUUUGUAUGUCAAUAUAAUGGUGAAUGUGAUAUUAAUAAGAAUGUUAGAUGUGCUUGCCGCCAUUGUCGCUUUAAUAAAUGUAUCGCUGUAGGAAUGGAUGUUAAUGCCAUACAAAAUGAUAGGGAUAAAUUAGUAGGAACUAAAAAAAUAUCUGAUGUAGAACCUUCAAAAAUAAAUAAUAAAGGAAAUUUAGUUAAUAUAAUCAAUGAUGGAUUUGAUAUGUCAUUUGGUAAUGAGGUAUUUCAAAGUCCAGAUUCAUCUACUGAAGGUAUUUGUAGUGAUAAUAUUUUACAACUUGAAGAAAUUGAAGAUAUGUGUAAUAAAUUGAGAAGUAAGGCAUUUCCUGACAAGUCAACUGCUAAAGAAAUUUUAAAAAAAAAUACAUUACUGUAUGCUCUAGAUACUCUUGAUGAAGAUACUGAAACAUUUUUUAAAAAGUUAUAUCCUGCCUCAAUGAAUGAUGUUCGUUUUUGGAAUAUUCGUGAAUUAAGAAUAUGUUUAGAAUGGGUUAAAUUAUUUAAUGAAUUUAAUAUACUUCAUGAGCAUGAUAAAUUUGCUUUAUUACACAAUUUUUCAUUUACUUUUAAUAUUCUUAAUAGGGUUUAUUAUUCUCUUCAUGAUGAUCCAGAUAGAAUAAUUUAUCCAAAUGGUGCUUAUAUAUUAAGGAGUCCUCAAGUUGGUAUUAUGAUACCUGGAUGUAGAUCUAUCUAUCAUAGGCAGAUGGAUGAAAUUAUGAAUCCAUUAAGAAAAUUAAAAGUUGAUUUAAAAGAAUUUUCUACCUUUAAAUAUAUAUUAUUUUUUAAUCCGAAUGCUCCUGAUUUAAGUUCUCAUGCCAAAGAGAUUGUUGAAGGGACAAGAGAUACAUAUGUUAAAGAUUUAUAUAAUUAUAUGAUAAAAAAAAAUGGUGUUGCUGAGGGUGGAAUGAGAUAUGCAAAAUUAUUUUUAAUGACUAAUUCUAUUCAACAAAUUAUUGCUCAAAAUGAAGAAAAUAUGCAGGUUAUGGAUGUAUUUGGUCAUUUUUGGACCAUAGAUAGUUUUGUCAGGGAAUUAACAAUGAAACAAAAAUCAUAA